AUGACUUUCCACUCUUUUGGCUCUAUUAUAUACCCUUCAAACGACUAUGAUUACAUUGGCAACGAGAGUUGCAUCGACCUUGAAACAGAAAACAAUUUCCUAUCUAACAUUGAUCAUCAGAGUUCUCUAGCUUCUUCUGAUGAAAAGAAGAUGAAAAGUUCUGUUAGGAAUUGUGAGAAGAAGAGAGAGUUUCCUCCUCCUAUACCUUGCCUUGCUCAAACUCAAAACCUUGCUUCUCACAUGCCGUAUGUGUUGAAAAGAUACUACACUGAUGAGGGAAGGUUGAUCAUCAAGGAAGAGAAAGUGAAACAUCAUGAGUAUUUUCAUGCGCAUAGAGAGAAUGGUAGACUCACCUUGCAGCUUGUUCCACUUGGUCAUGACGAUGACGACGACGAUGACGAAGACUAUUUCAUAGAGGCAGAAGAUCAAGAAGAACAAGAAGAACAAGAAGAGGAGGAGAUUAACAAUGUUACUAUGAAUCAAAGUGUUGUUUUGAAUGAUAAUUUUGAAGAAGAAAAUACGGACAACACUCAAAAGAAUGUUGCUGUUGAUGUUGAUGUUGUUGAUGAGGUUGUUGUUGAUGAGAAUGAGAUAGUAGGGGGUGCAAAUAGUAAAGGAAAUUAUUUGAACUGCAACAACAGUGUGAUAUCGUCUCCUUCUGGUAUAUUUGGGGUACUUCCUAUGCAACCUAUAAGAACAGUUCGUGGUUGAUUAGUGAAUUGAGUUCAGUUUUUUUUACUUGUUGUUAGUU